AUGAUCUUGAAUGAAGAGAAGAAUGAAGAUACCGCGCACUGGCUUGCAGAGUUGCAGUUGUAUGAACAACAAGCAAAUAGACUGGCAGAAUCACUCGAAAUGCGAAACAAGGAAUACGCCAAUGCUGAGGCAACACUGAUACGGCGGGUCAGCGACAAUCUUAAUGCCGCCUCCCGACCUCUGGCAUCGGCCAGUUCCACCUCAAGUGCACCCAGAGGGAAAUGUGUGAAUGGUGUUCACGGAUUUCACGACAAGAUUGAGGCGGCUCGUGAGGCCCUUCGAGUAUCGCAGAGAAAUGAAGAGUUAACGGGGACGGCGUUGGCCCGUAUUACAUCUUUUAUCUCGCUUCACGAUGGAAAACGGAAGAAGCACCUCCCAGGGCUGAGGAAAGCCGCUCAGUGUUUUCAGCAUAUUUUUAGUGAAAGUGAAAAGCACAACAACAGGUUGAAAGAAAACCUGAAAAUGGCUUCUGAAGAGAUUCAUCUUAAGGGUACGCUUGCGGUAUCUGACGAAGAGCAGAUCCGAUUCACGUCAACAGAGGAGAGGAUGGCACCACAUUACGUCGAGACAACUCGCAUGGCGACAUCUAUAUUGGAGUGCAUUGCGGCGACGACUGUGUCGUUAAGAAGGAAGGAGGAGCUCCGCUUGAACAACCGGAAGCACUUUGAAAAGGCGCAUGAAGCUGCAAGAUCACAGCUCGCAAAACAAAGGGAUCUGUUGAAAGACGUCGAGCGGGCUAUUGAAACUGCUGAGGUGGUUGUACACCAGCUCCAGACCGCAAACAGCACUAAAGAAAGGUCACGGGACGAGCUUCAGGAGCAACUCAUGGAACUGGAUAACUCCCCAGACGGCACCGAGCGUCUCACGGCAAUGAAGGCAGCUGUUGAAAAGGCAUCCACGGAGCUUGCUGUAUUGAAGAAGUCAUUUGAAGAGACUUCUACUUCCACUCGAGCAGCUCAGGAAGCGGAGAGAGAAGCUGUGGGAGACGCUAAGUCGAAAAUAAUUGCACUUGAACGUGCUCGUGAGACUGUCAGCCAAGUGCAACAUAGACUCAUGACGUUGAAGACGGAAAAGGCCGAACUUCAAGAGCAGAUAGAGACAAGCCACGCCGUGAAACAGAAGCACAUUCAAGAGGUCGAUGCUAAAAAGCAAGGGGUCCAAGAGAUGCAAGAGGAAAAGGAACGCGCUGAGGAGGCCAAAGCGCUCUUUGAAAAGGAAACGGAGCCAUUCUAUGCGUCCUUGCGUGAGGCAAGAGGGAAGGUAGAAAUACUGAUGACCCAGUUUGAAUCCGAGGCAAGUCGAAAGGCAAUGCUUCUUGAUAAGAAAAAGAAAAUUGAAGAAAAUGUUGAAAACUUGAGAGUGAAUUGUAUGCGCUCCCGUAAUGAGCUCGCAGAGCUGAACAGGAUUAUUCUGGCGUUGCGACAGCAGGACUCUGAGGCUUCUAGACAGCUAGAGUACCUUCGCUCGUUACUACCUGAUGCGGUAACGUUGGCACCAGCGGUGCUACUUGCUCGUCCGCAGCAGCCGCGUGACGGAGCCGAAGAGGAAAACCUCCGUGAGUUGUUGGCUCUGCGCGACGUGAGUCUCAUGGAAAAGGCACGACGAGAGCGUCGCCAAGGCGCUACGAUGACAGGAAUGUUGGGCGCGAGCGGGGAGAUCAACAACACCUACCCCCACGACGGCGAUGCUGCAGAGAACGGAUGCGUGCGGCACACAUCCUCCUCUGUGUCAGCACAGCUUCCGUUGCGUCCUGCAGGCCCUGCGAUCUCGGCGUCUGAUCAUUACUAUUAUGAGGCCCCGCACACCGACGUGCAGGAGUUUCGGGGAACGUCGUCUGUGCACCUGCCUGUAGAGGCGCGCCCUGUCAGCAUGGCUAGUCAAAGUAUAGACCAAACUCAACCGGAUCACCCCUUUGUGCCCCCGACUACAACCGUCGUUUACACCCCUGGCACCGAGUUGGGAAAUUUUCCACCCACAGCCGGUGCCGCAUCGUCGAUGUCGCCGCAUGAAGAUGCUUCAAUACCCUUCCCACAGCAGCCGACCUCAUUGAGUGGGAAUGAGGUCACGGAGACCACAUCCACUAUCGCACACAUAAACCAUCGCUUGCAGGAGAUACUCAGUCGGCGGUAUUGA